AUAAAAGUGGCCUUGAUGAAAUAGAAAAACAGGAACUUAAGACAAACAGUUUCAGAAACAGCCAUGGGAAACCCCCCCACCACCGUCAUACCCUUUCGACCUAGUACUUUUCCACUGACCAUACUUCCCUACUGCUUUCAAACUGCCAUAUUAGGUCAAUUGCUGAUAACUAUCCAAUGAGCUAUUUACACCAAGUAGAAUGUUAAUUUAUGAUAAUUGUGUGGUUUUUCGCCUUAAAUACUGCGUGUAAUCAGGGCACGGGACUCCUCUCUUUCCCGCUGCAUGCGGCAGCAGAGGGCCCAUUUGCGCAAAUGAAAUAAAACUGCCUCUUGCUUUUUGCAUCGCCUGGUCUGGAGUCUGUGUUUCUGGGGUCGUCACAAAAGGGCACCACUUUUGGAGUCUUUCAUUUGGGGGCUCGUCCGGGAUUUGGGAGAUCCUAGACUCCCACACUCCAUCGGCCUGACGGAGGUAAGUUUGCUUAUUUGUGUAUUAUUGUAAUUGCGGUUUGUACUGUUUGUCGUUGUUUGCCAGGGCGACGUGGAGACCGUCCUGGGGCGCCUGUGCAGGCUCAGUAUUGGACCAGUGGGGGAGACAGACGUGUCCUGAGACCCCUGGUCCCACCCUGGAGGACGCUCCAGUGGUGGUCUGGGAAGGGGGGAAAGAGAGCAUUUCCCUCCUUCCAGGGGAGAGUCUGGCCAGACGGCCACUCCCGUCUGAAAUUUUAGUUUCGGUUUUGUCUCGGUCUGUUGCCACGCGGCUUGUGAUUUGUGUUCUGUGUGUCGCUGUUUUUGUCGUUCUUUAUUUCUUACUGUCUCCCCCAUCUGUCGUCAUGGGGCAACAAUUAACAACACCUUUGAGCCUGACCCUAGGACACUGGAAGGAGGUUCGAGAGAUCGCCCGCAGUUUGUCAAUGGAAGUCCGCAAAAAGGAGUGGGUGGCGCUUUGCACCUCCGAAUGGCCCACUUUCGGUGUUGGGUGGCCAAAGGACGGAACCUUUAACCUUGACUUAAUUUUGCAGGUUAAAGACCAAGUCUGCCGUAAGGGUGGAGGGGGACAUCCAGACCAAGUACCAUAUGUCACGGUGUGGGAAGACUUGACCCGGAAGCCUCCGCUUUGGGUUAAGCCAUUCCUUGCACAUGGAGACACCAAAGACUGCCAGCAGAAAGAUAAGGAGGAAGUUGAUAGGGGUCCCAGACCUCCCCCGCUUCCCUCCUCAACUCCCCUGAUCCCCGCUCCAGCAGGAAUCCCAGUGCAAGAUCCCCUGCCAACCUCCGAUCUCUAUCCCCUAAAAGAACUCCAACCACCGAAAACCACAUGUCCACCCGUCCUUCCGGGUGGACAGGAGGACCUCCUCCUUUUGGAUCCCCCACUGCCAUACAACCGUCCGGCAUUGAGGGAAGUGCCUCCCUCUGCCCCAUCUCCGGACUCAACGGUCCAAGGAUCAGGGGGACCACAACCCACUCCCCUGAGACCCAUCACCGCCAAGUACUUGCCUGCGCCUUUGCCGAGAGCAAAGGGAAGGGGGGGAUUAUUGGGCAUCCCAGGCAUUCCCAUUGCAUUCGGUGGGGGGGAGCUUCAGUAUUGGCCAUUCUCCGCGUCAGAUCUCUACAAUUGGAAAACCCACAACCCCCCAUUUUCGCAGGACCCUCAGGCCCUCACAGGCCUGAUUGAUUCUAUUUUGUUGACCCACCAACCCACUUGGGAUGACUGUCAGCAGCUUUUACAGGCCCUUCUGACCACGGAAGAGUGACAGCGGGUUUUCACAGAAGCCCGCAAAAAUGUGCCGGGGGAUGACGGCCGUCCCACCCAGCUACCUAACGAGAUUGAUGAGGUGUUCCCGCUGACUCAACCAAACUGGGACUUCAAUACGGCAGCGGGUAGGGAGCAACUCCGUCUCUAUCGCCAGGUUCUCCUGACAGGUCUCCGGGGGGCAGGAAGACGCCCCACCAAUUUGGCCAAGGUACGUGUGAUUGUGCAGGGUAGUGAGGAAACUCCGGCAGGAUUUUUAGAAAGGUUAAUGGAAGGAUACAGAAUGUAUACUCCCUUUGACCCACAGGCCCCUGACAGGCAGGCCAACGUAAUCAUGUCCUUCAUUGGACAAUCAGCCCCGGACAUCCGCACAAGACUACAAAGGUUGGAAGGCCUGCAGGGAUAUACACUCCCCGACUUGGUGAAGGAGGCAGAGAAGAUUUAUAACAAAAGAGAAACUAAAGAAGAAAGGGAAGAAAGAGUACGUAGGGAACAGGAUCAAAGGGACAGGAAAAGGGAUAAACAAUUAGUAAAGGUCCUGGCCACCGCAGUUGCAGGGCCAAAAACAGGAAGAGACAAGGGCAGGCAAGACAGGGACCAGGGAGACAAACGGAGACCGAGAGUAGAACGAGACCAGUGUGCCUACUGUAAAGAGAGAGGGCAUUGGGCCAGGGACUAUCCGAACAAGGGACGGCCAAGACCCCAGCCAAGAACCACUCCGGUCCCGUCAUUGGAAGACGACGAAUAGGUAGGUCAGGGCCAGGAGCCUCCCCCUGAGCCCCGGGUAACCCUGAAAGUGGGAGGCCGACCAGUCACCUUUCUGGUCGACACUGGAGCCCAGCAUUCAGUUCUUACCACAGCUGAGGGCCCUCUCAGUUCCAAGACAUCAUGGGUCCAAGGGGCCACCGGAGGAAAACUGUACAAAUGGACUACUGAGCGUAAGGUCGACCUGGCAACAGGACGGGUCACGCAUUCGUUCUUACUAGUGCCAGACUGCCCAUACCCCCUGCUGGGAAGGGAUCUGCUCUCAAAGGUUGGGGCCCAGAUCCAUUUCCAAGACAAGGGAGCCACAGUAGUCGGCCCCACAGGCCAACCCCUCCAUGUGUUGACCCUUCAGCUGGAAGACGAAUACUGCCUUCAUGAGGCCCCCCUACCAGCUCAGCCCCAAGUAGCAUCUGAAUGGCUUGCUAAAUUCCCCCAGUCUUGGGCAGAGGCGGGAGGAGUAGGGCUUGCUGUCCGACAGCCCCCGGUGAUAGUAAACCUGAAGCCCACGGCCACUCCCGUAUCUAUCCGCCAAUACCCUAUGGCUACGGAGGCAAAGGUCGGAAUUCGGCCACACAUACAGAGACUAAUAAAACUGGGCAUAUUGAGACCUUGUCAGUCACCUUGGAAUACCCCUUUGUUACCAGUCAAAAAGCCUGGCUCCAAUGAUUACAGGCCAGUGCAAGACCUACAGGAAGUAAACUGUAGGGCUGAGGACAUUCACCCUACGGUCCCUAACCCGUACAACCUGCUGAGCACCCUGCCCCCGACCCGAACUUGGUAUACGGUGCUUGACUUAAAAGAUGCCUUCUUUUGCCUAAGACUGAGUCCCCAGAGUCAACCUCUCUUUGCCUUCGAGUGGAAAGACCCGGAGACUGGGUUUUUGGGACAACUAACGUGGACCAGGCUUCCCUAAGGGUUCAAGAACUCCCCUACGCUGUUUGAUGAAGCCCUACACCAGGACUUGGCGGAUUUCCGGGUAAGCCACCCAGAGUUGACUCUCCUACAAUACGUGGAUGACUUGUUGUUAGCUGCAGAGACUGAGCAGGGUUGCACCAAAAGUACGGAGGCCCUACUCCAUAGGCUGGGAGAGUUAGGAUACCGGGCCUCCGCGAAGAAGGCCCAACUUUGCACCCAACGCGUGACCUAUCUGGGCUACGUAUUGGAGGGGGGUCGGAGGUGGCUGACUGAGGAACGUAAGAAGGCCGUAGGGCUCAUCCCGCUGCCUAAAAAUGCUCGCCACCUCAGGGAGUUCUUGGGCAGCACCGGCUUCUGCCACCUCUGGAUACCGGGUUUUGCGGAGAUGGCAGCAUCCCUGUACCCCCUAACCAGGACAAAUUCUCCGUUCAUCUGGGGAAGGGAACAACAAUUAGCAUUUGACAGAAUAAAACGAGUCCUCUUGGAGGCCCCAGCAUUAAGCCUCCCAGAUCCCGCUAAGCCCUUUACCCUCUAUGUGGAUGAAAAAGGGGGAAUGGCAAAGGGUGUUUUAACUCAGAAUUUGGGGCCCUGGAAAAGACCUGUGGCGUACUUUUCAAAAAAACUGGACAAUGUCGCCUCGGGGUGGCCCUCUUGCCUCCGCAUGAUUGCGGCUGUGGCCGUCUUAGUGAAAGACUCAGACAAAUUGACUCUGGGGCAACCACUCACCAUAGUGGCACCCCAUGCCAUCGAGGCCGUCAUCCACCAACCACCAGAUAGAUGGCUCUCGAACGCCAGGAUCACCCACUACCAGGCCAUGUUGCUCAACCGGUAUGGGACUGCUGCCUUGCUCAAUCCGGCCACCCUGCUCCCUGGGCCGGGGUCUGCAUCACAAGUCAACCACGACUGCCACCAAGUGUUAGCCGAGGUGCACGGGACCCGAGAGGACCUGACCGAUCUACUCCUGUCAAACGCAGUCACCUGGUAUACGGACAGGAGCAGCUUCUUGCACCAAGGUGAGAGAAAGGCAGGGGCGGCAGUGGUGGAUGGGGAAACUGUCAUAUGGGCCUCUGCUCUGCCCCCAGGGACUUCGGCACAGAAGGCUGAACUGGUGGCCCUCACCCAAGCACUCCAUGCUGCUAAGAAUCGGAGGGUAAACAUUUAUACCGACAGCCGUUAUGCCUUUGCCACGGCGCAUAUACAUGGGGAAAUAUACCGGAGGAGAGGGUUGCUAACCUCAGGGGGCAGGGAUAUCAAAAAUAAGCAGGAGAUCCUAGAUCUCCUACAACCCCUCCACCUUCCAAAGAAAGUGAGCAUCAUCCACUGCCCAGGCCAUCAGAAAGGAGAUGACCCAGUGGCUAAGGGGAAUAGAAUGGCGGAUGAGGUAGCCAAAACAAGGGCCCUGGACAGCGUCACUCUAGUAACACAGUCAUCUGAAACCUCAAAUAACCCUGGGUGGUCAUAUUCGGAGCAAGAUGUGACAGCCAUCCAAAGACUGGGAGGUGCAUACAAUGACCAGCGUAAAGUCUGGGAGAUCCAGGGGAAAACAGUACUGCCAAGAAAGGAAGCCAAGGACCUCAUAAAAGACCUCCAUAGAUGGACCCACUUGGGGCAUAAAAAGUUAAAGGCCCUACUGGACAGAGAGGAACUAACUUACUUCAUAAUAGGACUGGACUCAUUAGUAAAACAAGCAACAGAAUCCUGUGUUCCUUGUGCAAAAGUAAAUCCAAAGUGUAUUAAAAUACCAGAGGGAGCAAGGAUGCGAGGGGCAUGCCUGGGAACAAACUGGGAGGUGGACUUUACCGAGAUUCAUCCCGGUAGGUGAUGAAUUAAGUAUCUCCUAGUAUUUGUAGACACUUUUUCCGGCUGGACAGAGGCUUUUCCGGUAAAAAAGGAAACAGCACAGGUGGUGGUCAAGAAAAUCCUGGAAGAAAUCUUUCCGCGGUUUGGCCUACCUAAGGUACUGGGAUCCGAUAAUGGGCCGGCCUUUGUCUCCCAGGUAAGUCAGUUGGUGGCCAAAGUACUGGGGAUUGAUUGGAAAUUGCAUUGCGCGUACAGACCCCAGAGUUCAGGACAGGUAGAGCGCAUGAAUAGAACAAUUAAGGAGACCUUAACCAAAUUAAUGAUGGAGACUGGCACUAGAGACUGGGUCGAGUUACUACCAAUGGCCCUAUUCCGGGCCCGCAACACUCCCUCCGCGUUCGGGUUAACUCCGUAUGAGAUAUUGUACGGGGGUCCCCCUCCUAUGACUGAUCUGUUGGGACCAAGCAUUGACUCUUAUGCUACCUCCCCCACUUUGCAGGCCCAGCUUAGAGCCUUGCAAUUGAUCCAGAGGCAUGUGUGGAAACCGCUGGCGGUGGUGUAUCAGUCCAAGAGCCCUGCAGUACCUCACCCCUUCCAGAUAGGGGACUCAGUCUACGUCCGUAGACACCAGACUAAGACUCUUGAACCGCGCUGGAAAGGGCCCUACACCGUACUACUGACAACGCCGACAGCAGUGAAAGUGGAUGGAAUCGCAGCUUGGGUUCACGCCUCUCAUGUCAAAAAGGCAUCAGAAGAUGAGGAGAGUUCAGGCAAGGACACAAGUGAACCAUCGAGAUGGAAACUCCAGCGCACUCAAAACCCCUUCAAGAUAAGACUUUCAAAAGCUGCUUAAUGUUUGUAAACAUUUACCUGUUGCCUGUAUUGCUUAUGAUUCACCCUAGUCUCACCCUACCCAGCUCGUCCCUCCCUAUCCCCCAUGGGCCGCAAAGGCUCACUUGGGAAGUGAUCUCCCCUUCGGGUAGCGUGGUCUGGUCGACCAGUGACACUCAGGUGCCAGGAACGUGGUGGCCUCCUCUCCACCCAGAAGUAUGCCAACUAGUCCUGGGGCUAGAGACCUGGGAUCUACCCGACCAGGACAGCAUACCCUUCCACCCCGGGCACCCGCUCCCACAGGUGCUUUCGCCCGGAUCCUCCAUGGGGGGCUACGGAUGUAGAGACACAAGUUGGAGAUGCCGACUACAUCAUCAGGACUUCUAUGUGUGCCCCAAGGAUGGUAGACGCCAGGAUCAGACCUUCCGGUGUGGGGGACCAGAGUCCCUAUACUGUAAGGCUUGGGGGUGCGAAACUUCAGGAGCUGCAGACUGGGGGCCGUCCUCCGCUUGGGACUGGAUUACUGUGCAGUGUAACUACACUCCUGAGGGCCUCGAUCAGUGUACACCCCUCCUUCUGAGAGGUAGCAGGUCCAAUUCCUGUGGGUCCACUUCCCCGUGUGCAAGGUCCCCUACGUGCAAUCCCCUUAAUAUUACCUUUACCACCUCAGGGAAACAAUACGCAACGCUGUCUAGUUGGAUCAAAGGGAGGAUCUGGGGUUUGCGCUAUUAUGUUUCUGGAACCGAUCCUGGAUUUUGGUUCAAAAUUAGACUGAGAAUCACCUCUCCCGACCCCCUACCGGUAGGGCCUAACAGGGCUCUGGCCCCUGCCUACUGGCCGAGCCACCCCCAGCCUGAGAUGACCAAGCAGCCGACCUCUAAAGGAACAGGCACACCGGCACUGACCUCUAUGAGGACAAGCUCACCGGUUCCCAUCGCGAGGUUCCCGUCGCGAGCCUACCUGCAGGAGAGAGAGCAAUGUUGCUAAUACGAGGCGCCUUUUCGGCAUUGAAUCAGUCUCACCCUAACCUGACCGACCCCUGCUGGUUAUGCUUGUCCACAAGCCCGCCCUACUAUGAGGGAAUAGCUGUCGUUGGAAC